CAACAUCUUCAAGAAGGUGGCAGUUUUAGUAAUGUCCUGAUAAGGAGAUAUGAUAAAACUUUGAAGCCACUAUUUAUACAAGUAAUCAGAUUUAUUGAUAGGCAUUCCAACCUUCAGCUGCUAAAGCCUGACUGUCUUGAUGAAAAUAAUAAAUCUCUCUCCAAACUUUGGCUGGAUAUUUAUAGCUCACAAGAGUUGUGUCAAAGUACUUUGUUCAAAAUUGUAGCUUCACAAAAGUAUCAGAAAGUGGAUUCGAAAGUUUUUCAAUGUUCAUUCCCAUUUUCAUGGAUAAUAUACGAGUAUAUCAACAAAAAAAUUGAUGAUGAAGAUAUUUUACAAUAUAUUGAGUUGCAGGAGUGCUUCAAAAGCCUUCCUCCAACACUUUUUAAGGAAUUUGCAGCAUUUUAUGCUCGUGAUUUUGUGUUUCUUUUGAGAUCAUCAGAUGCAACACAUUAUUGUGAACUUGUUGCCAAGGUACUGUUGACAAUGUCUUGUGAUGCUGUCAGCGAUGAAAGCAAUUUUGUUGAGAUCCUAGUUGAAAUUCAUUGUGCUUAUUUUAAUUUUAAGGAAUGUUUUGAAUGUUUCUUGGAUUUAGCUAUUGAAAUGUCUACCAUUGUUAGAGCUAUCAUUGAUAGAAAUGAAACAAUAUGUGAUAUAUCAUCUUUAAUGGUGGUUGUGCUCCAAGGAGUUUUAAACAGUAUUCAUCUUGAUGAGAAAGUUCCUCUUAAAGGCACUGCAGCUCUUAGAGGAUGGAUGCAGAAAAUGUACCAACUACAAGCAGUGAUAGAUAAUGUAUUUAACAACCUUGAUGUAGAAAAUUACCAUGAACUCAAGAAACAGUGGCAAAGAUUGUGUGUUAUGAAGCUUUUUAUGGAACAUGUUGUUGUUGAUCAUGAAGAUGACCUGCUUAUAUUUGCAACACGUCUUGACAAAUAUUCAGACAAAAUAGAGGACUACCAAGGCCCACAAAUUUUAAAAUCAGUUUCAACAUUGCUGAUUGCUGUUGAAGAUUUUGUUAUGAAGAAGAUUAGUGACAAGACUAAGCAAGUCAGUAUUAAAGAAAGCUGUUGGAAUUUCUUUGUGAAUGUUCUGCUUAACUUUUGUGACUCUGACAAUAAGGAAGUACUUGAAAUUCUAGUAGCUAGUGUUUUUAGUUUUGCCCCUGAGAUCCCAAAAUUACAUACUUAUAUUCAACGUCACCCUGAGAUUUUACCCUUCCUAUAUUCUUUUACUAUCAAGCUCAUUUUGUCUCAAGACAGUUUUGCUAUGGCUACUGAUCAUUUGCUAAAAAUCCAAGAUUGUAUUGGUGAUUCUUCAUCUAGUCAGACCAAAAUAUCUAUUAACAGCUUCUUCGCACUUGUCAUUGCGUAUUUAAAACUUGAAACACAUAAAAAAAGAAAACCCAAAACAUCAGAAAUAGUUUACUGUACUGAUAAUCUGCUAAAUUCUAGCUAUGAAACACUAGUUUCAGCUUUUUCUAGUGGGGACAAGUCUUCUCCUGAGUGUCUAUUAGCUAUUGCUCAAUUAAUUUAUUCAUGUCAAGUAUUGGCUAGAACAGUUGCGGAUAAAGAUUACAGGUCAUUAAACAACACAGAUGAUGUUGACUACUUUUAUAAUAAAGUUGACCCUGUAUUUCACAAGCCAGAGUUAAAUGAUGACACAGAAAAAUCAGGCCCCUUGUUUUUCUUGAUACGUUUUGUUGUCAGAAGAUAUGGAAUUUUUGCUCUUAAUAAAUUAAUGGAGUUGCAGCCUCAACAAUUCAGUUGGGUAUUGUCUUCCAAUAUAGACAUUGAUGACUUUUUGAAAGAACGCCAUUUUGUAAAUUAUGGAGCUAUAUACCAACCACAGUAUCAGGAAUUUUAUGAAGCUAUUUCCGAAGCUACUACAAGUACUGGAGAUUUCAAAGCCCUUGAAAGAGUUUGCAAUAAUGCAACUAGUGCUAGUAAUUUGGUGCCUUUGAUAAUGGCUUUUCAAUAUCGUAUCCAGUUAAGUUAUGUUAGUUCAACACCAUCUAAUGAACUUUCUUUUGAUAAAAUGAAGGCACUUCAUAAAUUCAUCAAUCAAUGCAAGCGUUUUAAUAGCUAUCCUGAAAUUUCAAAAUGUAUUGAGGAAAUUGUUAUAAAAAAUUGUAGUAAAAUACCAGAAAUAAAGGUGUCAAAAGAGGACUCCUUUGAAACCAUCAUAUUCAGGACACUAUUGAUACACUCAGUAUUAACAGUACAAGCUAACUGGAAGUCUCCUCUUAUAUCAAUGAUACACACAUUAUUAACAUCACCCAACACACUUCAAAGUUGUAUGUUGCCUGGAAUGCCCUGCAAUACCAAUGCUAGUACUGUAAAUAUGGAAGUGCCUCUUUUUCCAGAAUGUGCAAUGGGCCACAAGUUUCCAUCAACAAUGGUUGAUAUCUCUUGUCCAGAAUGUGGGAAUAUUAUUCAGUCACCUCAAGCAGCUCAUCCUCAAUCUAUUCCUCCAUCAACUGGCUAUGUACCAGUGGCAAUUGGUUGUGAGACUCCUCCAUUUGGAUAUCUUAAUGGAAUAUCAUACAGUAUCAUAAGGUGUAUCAUUCAUUGCAUUUUGUUGUGGGCAACUCAUGAUGGAAAGAGUGUUGAACAUUUACUUCAUGGAAAAAUUGAUGAUCCUAAGAUCUAUUUUUGGAUUCAAAUUGAAACUGAUAUUAAUGACUUAUCAAAAGCUCUUAGUUGUUCUAUGGAAGAGGCCUCCUUUGUAAUUCAUUUUGUCUUAAAGAAAAUUAAUGAAAGAGGUCUACAAGUUGUGAUACCUCAGAACAUUGCUAGAACAGUCAUACAACUACGUUGCAUUGCUGAUCGGGAACAAUGGGAAAGACUAUUUCAUCAGUUUUUCAUUGCACCAGUUUUGGAGGAUUUUGAAGCACAUUUACUAAAGGGCAUCAGUAUGUUGCAUUUAGACACUGACUACAGUGCUCUAUUUGAUUCAGUAUAUGUGGCCCGAAAAAAAGCUGAUCCAUUUUUGUGGCAGGUAUAUCCAGAACCAACUCUUGAAUAUCUUAGGCAUGGCUUGAUAACUUUUCAACAAAAAAAAACUAACCCUGUCCUUUUCACAUUGAUAUCUGAGAGUAAUUGCAUAAAUGCAACAAUAUACAUCUCAGAUAUUAUUGCUCUGCAAAAGAAGCUAUCUCAAAAUAAAGUUGAUGAAGAAAAAAGGUUUAAGGAUUUUGUUCAACUUUUAGAUGAUAAAGAGAAAGAAAAUUAUGAAGCAUUGUUCAAGUCAUUGACCAUGGCAUGGAGUUCUUGUAGACACUGCCUAAUAAAUAAUUAUGAUCGCUUAAAUAUUACUGAAGCUAUCAAGGUUGAAGAAAUAACUACUGAUACUCUUAUGAAAUUUUUACUUCCUACAACAUCUGGCACUGGUGUACUAAGUACAGCUCUAGUUGAUCAUCUUGUUAUAGUUCACAACAAUUUUAUCAUGUUAUGUAGAAAGUUUGUGGAGCAUAACUUAAAUAAGCGGUGGAUGUGGGAAGCACAUAAAGUGUCUUUAAGAGAAAUGGAUUCAUCAUUGCAUGCUGUUAACUGCAAUAUUGAUAAACUCAGAGAAUUAGUCGUAACUCACAGUGCCUUCAUUGCUAAUUCAUCUGGUACCAUUGGGGUUCAAUACAUGCUGGAUAAUCUUGAGAAAGAUAUUGUACAGCAAUAUGUACUUGGCAAGCCAUUCAUCAUUGAUACUCUAAAUAUUCCUACAGUUGAAAAUUAUGUCAAGUUAAGGCAAGUAAUUGCACUGAUUACGAAGAACAUUAAACAGUCACUGCUGCCACUUAAAGUGAAGUCAGACUUCAGAUCUGAUCUUAAGACAGUGCCAGUAAUAGUUGGAACUUGUGAAGUUUUAGAAGUAGCAAUGAAGUUUUUAAGCAAGCAAAGUGCUCCAAAAACCAUGAAGUUGAAGGAAUAUAUUGAAGUAGAUCUUCUCAUGAAAGAACAAAUAAGAAGCAAGAAGAUAAUGGAAUAUUGCAAAUUAGAACAUGUUAUUGGUUUGUGGAGGUUUCUUCAAGUAGCAUGUGCAAGGGUCAAAAAUCGUCUCAAAAUUAACCCUUGUGAACAUGUUAGGAAACAGUUUAGAAAUACUCUAAAGCCUGAAGCCAGAACUGCUUUGGAAAAGGCUGCUCAUAAAGUUUCGGACCUUGAUUAUUUGUUAGAAAUGUUAUUUGAGUUUAUUCAUACUUACGUUCAGUACUGCGAUGUGAAUGAUAGCAAGAAACC